GGACAAAGGAAGCUACACAGGCUUUCAACCAACUGAAAAAAGCCCUCAUGUCAGCUCCAGCUCUGGGAUUGCCAGAUGUGAGUAAGCCUUUCCUUUUGUUCUCCCAUGAGAAGCAAGGAAUUGCCUUGGGAAUAUUAGCACAGGACCUCGGUCCAUACCGGAGAGCAGUUGCUUAUUUCUCUAAACAGUUAGACACAGCCGCUAAAGGGUGGCCUGGGUGCCUCAGGGCUGUGGCAGCAGUUGUAAUGAACAUCCAAGAAGCACGUAAAUUCACCCUGGGCCAGAGAAUGACUGUGCUAGUGUCUCACACGGUGUCUGCAGUACUGGAGGUGAAAGGCGGACACUGGCUUUCCCCACAACGGUUCCUGAAAUACCAAGCUAUUAUGGUAGAACAAGAUGAUGUAGAGAUAGUGGUGACUAACAUUGUCAACCCAGCUUCCUUCCUCAGUGGAAACCGAGGAGAACCAGUGGAGCAUGACUGCCUAGAGACCAUCGAGGCCACCUACUCCAGCCGCUCUGACCUGAAGGAAACCCCUCUCGAGAAUGCAGAAGUCUGGUUUACUGAUGGAAGCAGUUAUGUCGUCAAUGGAAAACGGCACGCCGGGUACGCAGUAACCACCUGCAAAGAGGUAAUAGAAUCUGGACCCCUGCCAACAAAUACCUCUGCACAAAAGGCCGAAAUAUUCGCCCUAACUCGGGCCUUAGAAUUGGCAAAAGGGAAAGAGAUAAAUAUAUAUACGGACUCAAAGUAUGCUUUCGGAAUAGUGCACGCUCAUGGAGCCAUCUGGAAAGAGAGGGGACUGCUGAACUCUCAAGGGAAAAACAUUAAACAUGCAUCUGAAAUACUGCGACUUCUGGAAGCAGUGCAAUUGCCAGAGAAAGUAGCGAUCAUGCACAUUAAGGCACACCAGAGGAUAAACUCAGAACUGGAAGAGGGAAACGAGCUGGCGGAUAGGAAAGCAAAAGAAGCAGCAAGGAUGGAGGUAAUAACUGAGGUAGCACUGAUCCCAGAUGGGUAAAUUUCCCUCGAAGGUAAGCCGAAAUACAACAAAUUAGACACAAAAUUGAUUCAAGAGCAAAAAGGACAUUAUAACUCAGAGGGAUGGGCUACCAUAGAAGGAAAGUUAGUCAUACCCUUCUAUUUAUUAUGGUCCCUAGUAAGGGAGGAGCACCAGAAAACACAUUGGGGAAUAGAUGCCUUGUAUAGAUAUCUGAAUGAGAAGAUCAUAGCUAGACAUUUACGAGCCACCAUCACUCAAGUGACUCGACAAUGUGACCUUUGCCUCCAGACAAACCCCAAGAAUAUUCCCAAACCAAAACGUGGCCAGAUUGGGAAGGGCCAUGGGCCAGGACAACAAUGGCAGAUUGAUUUCACGGAAUUGCCAAGAAAAGGGGGGUAUAAGUUUUUACUGGUCCUAACAGAUACCUUUUCAGGAUGGCCAGAAGCCUUCCCCACCAGAACUUCUAAAGCUCGAGAGGUAACUAAGGUAUUGGUACAGGAAAUCAUACCACGAUUUGGGGUCCCGGCUACAAUCUCCUCAGAUAGAGGACCACAUUUUAUUGCAAAAUUAGUACAACAGGUUAGCCAAUACUUGGGCAUAGACUGGGAACUUCACACCCCAUAUAACCCACAAUCAAGUGGUCAAGUAGAGAAAAUGAAUCAUUUGAUCAAACAACAAAUUGUACGGUUGGGACAGGAGGCUAAUUUGCCAUGGCCCCAAUCCCUCCCACUAGCACUACUGCGGAUUCGAACCAAACCCAGGACCAAAGAAAAACUGAGCCCUUUUGAAUUGCUUUAUGGGAGACCAUAUGGGGUGCAGAAGGGAACGUCUGCCCAGGACGUAUCACUAACCUCCUAUA